AAUUAACAUCGAUCGGCUCGGCAGCUCAUCAUAUCCUCUCAGCACGCAAGCCCAGGCCUCUCCUCCUUCUUCUCCUUCUUCUUCUUCUUCCGUCGCCGUCGCCGCCGCCGACACUCUCCGAUCGCCGCCAUGUGCACGCUCGAGAAGCGCGGCGACAUCUUCUACCUGACCCUGACCGGAUCCGACGAGCACCGGCUCAGCCCCACCCUGAUCGCCUCCCUCCUCGCGGCCCUCGAGGAGGCCGCGUCCCAGUCCACCCGCGGCUCCGUCCUCGUCACCACCUCCGCCGGCAAGUUCUUCUCCAACGGGUUCGACCUCGCCUGGGCCCAGUCCGCCGGAUCCCCCGCCGGGGCCCAGCAACGCCUCCACCAGAUGGUCGACGCGUUCCAGCCCGUGGUGGCGGCGCUGAUCUCGCUCCCGAUGCCCACGAUCGCCGCCGUCCAGGGGCACGCGGCGGCGGCGGGGCUGCUGCUGGCGCUGAGCCACGACUACGUGCUGAUGCGGCGCGACCGCGGGGUGCUGUACAUGAGCGAGGUGGACAUCGGGCUGACGCUGCCGGAGUACUUCGGGGCGGUGGUGCGGGCCAAGGUGAGUUCGGCGGCGGCGAGGAGGGACGUCCUGCUGAGGGGGAGGAAGGUGAGGGGGGAGGAGGCGGUGGCGAUGGGGAUCGUGGAGGGGGCGCACGACGACGAGGACGGGGUGGCCGGGGCCGGCGGGCGGCUGGCGGAGGAGCUGGCCGGGAGGCGGUGGGACGGCGAGGUGUACGCCGAGAUUCGGAAAGGGUUGUACCCGGAACUGUGUGGCGUGUUGGGCUUGGCCACCAAAGUGAUCGCCACCCCUAGGCUUUGACUUUUAGUCAAUUUGAAGUGUUCGGCUUUUCCUAUGUAUUUUUUUGUCUUUCACGUUUUCUGCAAUGUACUCUCGAAGCUGUUUCUACGCCAAUCUAUCUUAAUGAAGCCUUGUUGCUUGCUCAUGGAGGGAAAAAAGUGUUCGUUCUGAUAAUGAAAUCUCGGGCUUGUUUUUC